GGCGUGUUUUCCGAUUGGCCAAGAUCUCGUGGUCUCAUGUCGGGUGCAUCAGCGAGCCUUCGGAAACCCUGACAUGUAUCUUAAAAACUUCCCGAUAAAUAAGUUAAUUGCUUUCAAGAAACCCUCUUACAGUGCGGGAUCAUCAAGUAAACGAUGCGAUGGAUCCCACAUCCACUUCAGAUAUCGAUGAUAUGUUUAACCUGAUGCCCGAUUCCCUGAUUGGGUCAUCGGAGCUUUUCGACAAUGAACUCCUGGGCCUGCCCGUGCUGCCAGACGAUCCGGCACUUAUGGGUAUCAAAGAGGAGGACUUGGACCUCGAGUUCUUUGAAGGGGAGUCCUCCCUGGUCGAUGGACUGGUGACCAACCCGAGCUCGUACCUGACGACAAGUGAUCCAAUGGUGCCUGCCACUAUUCUCCAAGUGGCAGCGCCUGUCCAGGAGCCACCAAAGCGUACACUGGUUGUGCAGCCCCAGAAGGUGUGCAUCCCAGCAGCGGCAGUAGCGAGCAAUGCUGCACCUGCCACUGCUGCGACAGCCAGCGCCCCCCGACAACAGCCGCAGAAAGUUACAUUGGUGCGGCCCUUCUCGCAACAGGCGGUGGCUCCGCGAGUGGCCACGCUGCAGCCAAACCCGAUGCCAUCAGUCGCGGAGCUGCUCGCUGCACUGAAGGAACAGCAGACACAGCAACAGCAGCGCAUCAGCCGCCUCUCCCAGCUGCCCACGCAAAAGGUGCAGCAGAUGCUGUUGCAGCAGUUGGUGAAGGAUAACAGCUGUGCCACCAAUGCAACUGGCAGCAUCCUUGCCUACACACCGUUGUCACCCACGCCUGUGGUUGCAACCAGUCCUCAAGGAGCUCCCCUGUUGGCUGCCACAUCAGCUGCUGGGAUUCCCCUCGUCUUGGAAGCUGACAAGUUGAGCAGGGUGGUGACAGUGAAGCCUCCAAACAAGGGAGAAAAACGCAAUGCCCACAACGCGAUUGAGCGCCGCUACAGAAGCAGCAUCAACGACAAGAUUGUGGAGCUGAAGAACAUGGUGGUUGGGCCCGAAGCCAAGUUAAACAAGUCAGCUGUACUGAGGAAGGCCAUAGACUAUUUGCGCUUCCUACAGAAUGCUAACGCCAAGCUCAAGCAGGAAAACAUUAUGCUCAAGCUGGCUGUCCAACAGACGGGUGCGAAUGUGUCUGAUAUACUGCUGGACCAGAAAAGCCUCAUGGCCGAAGCAAGCCAAGAGGCUGUGCUCACUCCACCUUCGUCGGACAUGAGCUCGCCCGAUCACGCCAUGGAGGACACGAGCAGCUCGGAGCCACCCUCACCGCCUCAGAGUCCCUCGGAAACCAAGUUCCCGAGCCCUCUGCGUGGUGCCAUGAUGCACACCUCCCGUAUGGCUCUGUGCAUCUUCACGUUUGCUUUUUUCGCAUUGAAUCCCUUUGGCUGGCUGCUGGCGGGCCCGUCAGGCGACACUUACACACUGGCCUCUUCACACGCUGCUGGACGGACCAUCCUGUCAGCGGAAGGUGAUGGUGGAACCUCUUGGCUCGGUGUAUCUCCAUUGUCUCUCUUGGGUUGGUUCCUAAAUAUGCUGGUGACUGUGGCUUGCCUUUGGCGUCUCCUGCUGUAUGGAGAUGGCCUGUCUCAAUCGCACGGCAAAGCCAACGCAGCCUUUUGGAGGCAUCGCAAACAGGCUGAUGCAGAUCUCUCCCAGGGUCGACCAGAGCAAGCCGCUGAGCAGCUGACUGCCUGCCUGGGGGCUCUGGGUCAGCCACUUGCUGGUGGAAGCCUGCCAGAGGCCCUGUGCGCCGUGGGUUGGCAGGUGCUGCGGCAGCUGCUGCAGUCGGCUCGCGUGGGACUCUGGCUGGAGCGCCAAGCGAUGGGUGGCUGGAAACUGGACAAGGCGCAGCGAGCACGAACAGCGGCUCAACUGGCUCUUGCACACCACCAGCUCAGCGAGCUGCACCUUCUCGGUCACGUGACAGCUUGGGGACGCUGGCAAGGUGUGGCACAUGCUCUGGCAUCGGUGAACUGGGCUCAGGUUGCCGGUGCAGAAAUGCUUGGCCGCCGUCUUCUCUGCCACAUCUACUUGGGAGCCGCCUUGCGUCUUCUCGACUGCUGCCAUGUGCGCCUCCUCUUCGCACCUAGGCUUCUACUGUUCCGUGCCCGGCGUGUGUGGUCGUCGCCAAAUGCAGUGCCUGCUGAACUGAAGUGGGUCUUUCAAGAAAAUGGUCGCAGCUUCCUCCUCAGUCGAGAGUGGAUUCCGCUGCAAGGCCCCUCGGAGGAUGCACUCACUCGGAGAGGAGACUGCUGCUCACUACUUGCUGCAGUUUCUCAGCUGUACCGGGAACACCUCUUGCACAGGGCCGUUGCUGCACUUGCCUCAUCAGGCAGACCAAGUCGAGGUGGCCUUGAUGCCCUGCAGCUGGUGGAACUGCUGGAAGGUGCGAGCUGCAGCUCCAGCAUGACCGGCGACAGCCUGACCGGUGUGGAACACGACGAGGCUGCCCUCUGGUGGGCUGCAGUGCUGCGUGUCGCAUUGUUGUGGGUGCGUGGAGAGCCCGCCCAGCAGGAAUGCGCCCAGGCCGAGGCUGCCCUGCGCAAUCUGCACUGGGAUCAGACUCAGGAUCCAUUGCCAUGGGCGGUGGCGUCUGCAAUGAUGGCUCGUAAGGGACUCUUGGCAGCUCAACAGCCCUCAUCACGCGACACUCUCAAUGCUUGCAAUCGGGCUAGUGCACGAUUGUGGGAUUGUGCUGGCCAUCCGAAGCACCUUGCCAAUGCCACUUCACAGGUGCUGCUCACCGCAAGCUGUGAGUGGCUGUUGCAAACCCGAGCUGAACUGUGGGAGCGCACGGGCAAGGCCCCUGCAUCUGGACCCCACAUUGACGGCUUUCAUCGGGAUCUGGCACUGUUCCGACGGCUGGCCCAGAACUCUCCCAACCUGCAGCUAAAGCUGCACCUGUACGAAGCCACUCAGCGUGUCGUCGCUGGUGCGAACCCUGUGAAGACUCAGCUGGGAUUGGAUCGGUGUCUGAGGAGGCGUCUUUCGCACUACCCCUCUGUCGUCUGUGCCAAGGGGAGCACUGAGAACGAACCGAGGAAAGAAGAGGCCGAUGCUUUGCUUCUGUCCUGCAAGCACUUAGGGUCUCUUGCGAGCAGGGAUCAGAAGGACGGCAUGCUCGCAGAGGCCGCUAGUAUUCUGGGAGCCCUGGGACACCGACGCGCCCUGCACCAAUGCCAGAGACUCAUGGUUGCCCCCACAGUCGCCUCGGCUGCUUGCUGAGUUGUGCUACUCUUGUCAGCAGAGUUUUAUUAAAUCUGUACAUAGCUAUAUUUGAGAAGCGGUGUGAUGCAGUGCUCUCAUGUGAUUGUACUUGCUUUUAAGCUAUUUUAUUAGUCGCAGCGAAGUUCUGCUGCUUGUUGUGUACAUUUGUCAGAUAAGUGAGGCACAUCAUUCUUUGCCUGUAUUUAAUUUUUCGAGAAAUAAAUCUGAAAUACUGCAAAGCAGUAGAAGCCCUUUCAUCUUGCAUCGCUUACAUGGUGCAAAGCCCCGUUUAUUAUCUCGCACCCAUUGCAACUUACAUUUCACUAGCCACAGCUUUUGUUUAAGGUGUUUGUCUGAUAUGUAGUGUUCACCAUCUUAUUCAACUUAUAUGUUCAUACUUUGCAUUGUUGCAACAUGCAUGUUAUGAAAUAUUGUAUAUUUAAUUUACUUGUGAUGUGUUGAAAAGAGAAAUAUAUACAUAAUUGCUGAAGGAUUGCCUCUUACAGGAUAGAAGUUCAGGUUAGUGACUCAGCAGUGCAGACCUCAUUUUUUAUUGUUAUUACUAUUAUUGCAAGACCUCCCUUGUAAUAGUCUUAAUCCGGUCUGAGAGAGUACUUGAAGACAUGUGACCUGGUGACAAUGAGAAAGUGAUGUUGAACCUAAUUCAGUCUAAGGGAGUACUUGAUGGCAUUUGACCUAGUGACAACGAAAAAGCGAUGUUGAGCCUGUGGGCUCUUUUCAGUGCUUUUGUUGAUGUGCUCGAUGAUUCUUUAAAAAAUCAAGUAAUCUUACUUUCAUUGGAAACAUUUCAUUUUAUCAGCAAUAAAUUUUCAAGUGCUGGUACCUCAGUCUGCUUCUCUCCUCACUUUUGUUGAAGUAAGUAUGCUAUGUCUACAUAGGCUGUGUAUCCCUCGUUAUUGUUUCCCAGAUAAAUGAGCUUGUUGCAUUUUUCGGUUGCCUUUGAUUUAAAGAAGAAGGUUCUGAAAUGAGGUGCUGCAUGUUUCUUAUUUCACUAAAGCCCGAUGCUUGAAAAUUGAUGACUAUCGAGAAUGUAAGGGAAUUGAAGAUGAAAAAUAAAGUUUUUUUUUCUGUGAAGAACACAGUAAA